AUGGCCGACUCGGAUGGCGAAUUCGUUGCAGACAACCUCUCCGACGACGAUUAUGGAGACCACCAGGUGACGCGAGGAGGCGAUGAUGGCGGUGCACAUGGAUCAAGACGAGGACGCGAUGGUCGGAGAAGGCAAAAUCGGCGAGAAGAGGCGGCUUGGGAGACGGUGAAGCGAUCAUGGGAACAGGUGGGCGAAGGCGAGGAUGGCCGCCUCACAGUAACAGACUUCAUCGAGGCCGAGAAACGUCGCCGGCUACUACGAGAUACGACUCCACUACAGCGAGGUAUAAUACGGCACCUGCUCCUGGUGCUCGACAUGAGCUUCGCCAUGGCGGCAAAGGACUACCUGCCCAACAUGUACAGAGUCGUCAUGAACUACUCGAUCGAGUUUGUUCGCGAAUACUUUGAGCAGAACCCUAUCUCUCAGCUCGGAAUAGUGGGCAUGAAAGACGGUAUCGCAGUCAGGAUAUCCGACAUGAGCGGCAACCCGGCAGAACACAUUGCGAAGCUGAGGCAGUGGGUGGAUAUUGAGCCGCAGGGCAACCCGAGUCUGCAGAAUGCGCUCGAGAUGUGCCGUGGCGCGUUAUUUCAUGCACCCUCCCAUGGAACUCGAGAGGUCCUCAUCAUAUACGGCGCCCUCCUCUCGUCCGACCCAGGCGACAUCCACGAUACUAUCGCAUCUCUCAUAUCCGAUCGUAUCCGUGUUUCUAUAGUGGGACUGGCAGCCCAGGUUGCUAUCUGCUCCGAGAUAUGCUCCAAGACCAACGCCGGCGACGAGACGUGCUACGCCGUCGCAAAGCAUGAUGCCCAUUGUCGGGAGCUCAUGCUCAACGUGACGACGCCACCCGUCACACGCACCCGCGAGAUGAACAACGCAUCUCUACUAAUGAUGGGCUUUCCUUCCCGCUCCAUCGACCCCAAGGGUACCAGCGUCUGUGCCUGCCACAACAAACCCUUCCGAGAAGGGUAUGCCUGCACGCGCUGCCGCACCAAGGUCUGCCGCUUGCCGGCUGAGUGCCCAGCCUGUGGUCUGACCUUGAUUCUAUCCACACAUCUGGCACGAUCUUACCACCAUCUGUUCCCCCUGCGAAACUGGGUUGAGGUGCCUUGGUCAAAGGCUCGCAGCAAGACUUGUUUUGCGUGCCUUUCACCAUUCCCGGAGCGAAGAGGCAAGGGCAGCGCCGUACCACCCUCGGGAACUAUCAAGAUUAAAAUCAAGGGAAGGGACGGAGUUACCGGGGCAAAGGACCCGGCUGAUGAUCAGGCACCAGCGGCACCGCCCUCGAAGGGUGUCAGUGAGAGCGGGCGAUAUGCGUGCCAGGUCUGUGGCAACCACUUCUGCAUCGACUGCGAUGUGUAUGCCCAUGAGGUGGUGCAUAACUGCCCGGGCUGCCAGAGCGAUACGAGAGCCGCGCAGGCUGCGGCUGGGCAGAUGGAUGUGGACGGCAGUGCCAACGGCAACACACAGGCAAAUGGGGAUAUGAUCGUUGACUCCUGA